AUGGAAAGAGGGAGAGGAGGAGGAGGAGGAGGAGGAAGGAACCUAGGAGGCUCUGGCCUGCACAGGAGCAUUUAUUCCCAGUCCCAGCAGCAGUACCAUUACCCGGCCUCCUCCCAGGGGGGCUGCAUGGAGAUCCAGGAGCUGGCCUCCAAGAGGGUGGACAUCCAGAAAAAGCGAUUCUACCUGGAUGUGAAGCAGAGCUCUCGAGGCCGCUUCCUGAAGAUCGCCGAGGUCUGGAUAGGAAGAGGCAGGCAGGACAAUAUCAGGAAAAGCAAGCUGACCCUCUCCUUGUCUGUGGCCGCUGAGCUGAAGGACUGCUUGGGGGACUUCAUCGAGCACUAUGCCCACCUGGGCCUGAAGAGCGGCCACGGUCACCGGCACGAGCACAGCAAUGGCAAAGAGCAGCUUCCCCGGAGGCGACAGCAGCUCCCACCACCAUCCCCCCCGGUGUCGGUGGGCUCCGAAGAGCACCCUCACAGCGUCCUCAAAACGGAGUACAUCGAGAGGGACAACAGGAAGUACUAUCUAGACCUGAAGGAGAACCAACGAGGGCGCUUCUUGAGGAUUAGACAAACCAUGAGCAGGGGACCUGGCAUGAUGGGUUAUUUUGGCCACAGCUUGGGACAGGAGCAGACGAUUGUCCUUCCAGCUCAAGGGAUGAUCGAGUUCAGGGAUGCUUUGGUCCAGCUGAUUGAAGAGUACGGUGAAGGGGACAUAGAGGAUCGCCGGGGGGCAGGUGAUGAGCCCCCAGAGCUCCCUGAGGGCACCUCUUUCCGAGUGGACAACAAGCGCUUCUACUUCGACGUGGGAUCCAACAGGUACGGCAUCUUCCUGAAGGUAAGUGAGGUGAGGCCACCCUACCGUAACACCAUCACAGUCCCAUACAAAGCGUGGACACGGUUUGGGGAAAAUUUUAUCAAGUACGAAGAAGAGAUGAGGAGAAUUUACAACAGCCAUAAAGAAAAAAGAAUGGAUGCCAGAGGGGACAGUGGUGAAGAGCAAGAGGGUCUCGAAUAG